UAUAGUUAAAAUUAAUUUGUUUAUUAUGUGUAAAAAUUCUAAAUAUGAAUUUUGAAACGGAUCGAGUAUUCCCUAGGCAAUUUAUAUAAGCAUUUUAAGUUUUUAUUCCUGCUAUAGUAGUACACAUUUCGCCAUACAAAAUCGAACUAACUAAAUGUAACACCUAAAACAAAUCUUAGUUUCUUACAUGCAUGGAUCCUAGUAUAAAGUAAUUCAAAUCAUGACGACAAGCAAAAUUGGAUUCAAUUCUAAAAUGUCAAAGUUCUCCUCGGAAUCUAAAACAGAUCAAAGACCCUAAAUAAUGUAUCUUUACAUGCAGUUGCUAAAUUCAUUUUUAAUGCGAUUAGAACAUACUUUUUGACUGGUGUAGUUUAUAAUAAACAGUGUAAAAUAAGAAAAUUAUUUCUUUAUAUAUUUUAUUUUAUGAUAUUUUAUGUUUGUAGGAUAUAUAGCCUACUCUAAUUCUUUUGCAUCCUAAAACAAGAGUAGUGUAUUUUCAUAAAAGUUUGUCUUUACUAAACACAUACAGAUGAAAGAAAACAUCAUAUAUCCAGAGAACGAGACUCUAUUAAAUUAGGUAAACGAGAUGAAUAUAAGUAAGUAGAGAGGUUGGGUAGGUGAAGAGAGACAAUAAGAUGGAGAAAAAGAGGCCGUAACUCUUUUGCCCUAUUCACAUUUUUUAUUUUCUUCCCAUUAGCCAUUCUGCUCCCUGCCUCUACUCCUCCUCCUCCCUCUUGACACAUCACAUCAUCAUCACAUCAUAAUCACCAUCAAUCAUCAUCAUAUACAUACGCAUAUAUCUGUCUUCUUUGGAUCGAGUUAAAUCAGUUAUGGCUUCCUCGAAUAGACACUGGCCAAGCAUGUUCAAAUCCAAACCUCAUCACCAUCAAUGGCAACACGACAUCAACUCUCCUCCCUUGCCUUCUUCUGCUUCCCACCGAUCUUCUCCCUUCUCAGGGUGUGAGGUGGAGAGGAGUCCAGAGCCAAAACCAAGAUGGAAUCCGAAGCCAGAGCAGAUUCGUGUACUUGAAGCAAUCUUCAACUCAGGGAUGGUGAAUCCACCAAGAGAGGAGAUUCGAAGGAUUAGGGCUCAGCUUCAAGAAUACGGCCAAGUUGGUGACGCCAACGUCUUCUAUUGGUUCCAAAACCGCAAGUCUCGUAGCAAAUACAAACUACGCCUCCUCCAUAAACACUCCCUCUCUCAACCCCAACCCCAACCUCAACCGCAGCCUUCAUCUUCCUCAUCAUCUUCCUCCAAGUCUACCAAACCCCACAAAAACAAGGACAAGAACAACACUAAUCUCUCUUUGGGUGGUGGUCAAAUGAUGGGGAUGUUUCCAUCGGAAGAUGCGUUUCUUUUCCCGGUUUCCACCGUCGGAGCGUUUGGAGGUAUCACCGCCUCAUCCCAAUUAGGAUUUCUCUCCGGUGAUAUGAUUGAGCAACAUAAACCGGCUCAUCCAACGGUGGAACAAUGUACCGGAUAUCUCUUGAGCGAGAUCAUGAACGGUAAUGCUAGUUAUGGAACUCAUCAUCAACAGCACUUGAGUGAUAAAGAAGAUGAAGAAAUGAGUAUGAAGAUGUUGCAGCAGCCACAACCUUACGCUGCUACAAGUCAUCAAAUCACUUCUUACAACAACAACAACAACAUCAUUCUUCAUGUUCCUCCAAUUACUCCAACUACUUCAACUACUACUACUACUAGUACUACAACCUCAGAUCCUCUUGAUAUUGUAUUAUCAACUUCGGACCAGCUUCAAGUUCAAGUGUGCACGAGAAUAAGGGUGUUUAUCAACGAAAUGGAGUUUGAAGUGAGCCCCGGACCGUUCAAUGUGAGAGAUGCAUUCGGAGAAGAGGUUGUUCUCAUCAAUUCUGCGGGUCAGCCCAUUGUCACUGAUGAAUAUGGCGUCGCACUUCAGCCUCUUCAACAUGGAGCCUCCUACUAUCUGGUUUUGUUUCCUCUCUUAGUUUCUCUAAUUCAGAUGAGUAAUUUUUGUGAACAAAAGUGAAUUAACUCGAAGAAAGUAAAAGAGAGCAAAAAAACUUAUAUCCGUUUAAGGUUUUUUAUUAUUAUGUGAAUGAAAAAUUACAAAUCUGUAAACCCGUAUUUAUAACAGCCUCAAAAUCCGAUAUUUUUCCUUAUAGAAAUACAUACUUAUUUAGAAAAAAUAAAUUUUUCUAAACCAGUAAGAUAUACUUUAGAUUAUACUCCUAGUGUACAGAGAUUUAAGAUACCUGAAGAUGCAACAUUAAUUAAUGUUUAUACAUUCACUUUAAUAACUAGAUACUAUUAUAGGUUAGAUUAUACUCCUAGUAAAAGAAAUCAUUAUUUAAUGGUUAUAUAAACUUCGUCUACAGAUCUACAGUACUAUUGUUUAUUUCUUCAUUGGGAUCUAUAAUGGAUAAAUGCAUGCGAGAGACAUGUUGUUUGGCAUAGGUCAACAAUGUUGACUCAAUGUAAUUUAGUUACACACGGACACACAUUGUGCUUCUUUAGAGCAUUCAUUGGUUUUUCCCUUUUUGGCCUUCGUGUCUUUUGACUUUGUAGUAUAAAUUCUAGUAACAUUUUUGGAGGUUGUGCAUGCAUGUAUGUACAUACAGUGUAUACUUAUUGUGUAUGAUUAAUUUUCAGGUAUCCUUUUUAC